AUGGCCAACUACGACCCGUAUGAUCGGGAUUACUCUCGCCGCUAUGUGCGGGAGGAUCGUCGAGAAGAGCCCCGUUACCUUGAUCCGCGAGAUUCUUUUAGCACCAAGUCCCAUCGCGAAAUUGUUCCUCGCGGGCGCGAGGAUAGUGAUCUGUCGAUAGAGGAGGUUCGACGGGAAUUCCCCCCGCCCGGCACCCGCGAUAUCCGUCGUGCUAGAUCCGCCGGACCAAAUUACUACGAAGAAGAAUACGAGUAUCGUCGAGGUUAUGACCCUCGCGACCGCGACCGCGACUAUGAUCGCCGUUCUCACCGAGGACACUCUAGCCCCUACUACGAAGAUGAAGAGCGCAAGCCCAAGUCCAAGGGAAUGUCAAAGAACGAGAAGAUCAUUGCAGCCGUUGCUGGUGCCGCCCUUUUGGCCGGUGGUAAGGAGCUGUACGAUCGUCGUGAAGCCAAAGAGGAGCGCACCGAAGUCCAACGCAACCCUCUCUCAACCGCAGCUUUAGCUGGAGUUGGUGCUCUAGCUGCUUACCAGGGUGCUCAAUUCUACAACAAGCAGCAGGCCAAGAAGGAUCAAAAGGCCAAUAUGAUUCUUCAACGAGGCCGUGACGGUUACUACAGCGAUUAUUACUCGGAUGAAGAUGAAGGCCCAAAAGAGAAGAAGGGUCAUAAAAACUUCCUUGAGAGUGCCAUUGCAGCUACUGGUCUUAGCGCUGCUGUCAAGAGUCUUACCGGUGGCGGCUCUGACGACACCAGGAGCCGCCGCGGAGGCAGCCCCUCCAGUGAGCGGUCACGCUCACACGCUGGCGCCAACAGCGGUGCGAACAAGGUCCAGAAGGCUGCUAUGGCGUCUCUUCUCGCUGGUGCCACAGAGGCCUUCCGCGUUGCCAAGGAGCCUGGUGGCUGGAAGGGCGAGAAGACCAAACGCAUCCUUACCGCUGCUGCUGGUGCCGCUGCUGUCGAUACAGCAACUGACGACAAAGGCGGAAAGCGGGGUCUCGCAGAAGCUGUCAUCGGCGGCUUGGUCGGCAACCGUUUGAUCAACGGCUCAAGGAACGACAUCGAAGAGGACCGCAAGACUGGUCGUAGCCGCUCCCGCUCGCGCGCUCGAUCCAAAUCCCAGGGUGGAGGCUCUGGCGGAGCAAGUGGUCUCGCUGCUCUGGCGACGGCUGGUCUGGGUGCCCUCGGCGCGAAGAAGGUUUUGGAUCGGUCAAGAUCACGAUCCAGGAGCCGCAGUGUAAGAGGAAGGGGAAGAAGCACCUCAUACAGUCCUUCCCCGGACCGACGUCGUCAGCGCAGCCGAAGCCGCAGCGUUGUCGACAAGGCUCGCAAUGGCCUGGCUAAGCUUGGUCUUGGGGCUGGAGCUGGUACAGCUGCUGCGGAUGAUUACCAGCGACGCCGCGAUCAAGAUGACUUUAGCGAACGUGGUGCCAGUCGCUCCCGCCGAUACUCGGAUGAUAUGUACGAUGACCGACGAUAUGGCAACAACCGAGACUAUUACGAGGACGACCGGUCCUACCGUGAGAAGCCCAGGGAAAGACGACGAGGAGGACGUUCUGAAUACUCCUCUUCAUCAUCGGAUAUCGGAGAUUCUGACGAAGACGAGCAGCGAGCAAAGAAAAUGAGAGGUAAGCAAAUUGUCACCACAGGCUUAGCAGCCGUGGCCACCAUUCAUGCAGCGCACGAGGUCUAUUCUAGUAUGGAAAAACGGAAUGCCAGACACAAGGCCGUCAAAGAGGGACGACUGAGCGAAAUUGAUGCCAAGAAACUCAAGACCAAAGCGAUUAUGCAAGACGCCGCAUCAGUGGGUAUUGCUGCUAUGGGUAUCAAGGGAGCUCUGUCUGAGAUGAAGGAAGCCAAGGACUUGACAAAAGAGUGCAAGCAGUUCAACCAAGAGAAAGCUCGUCGUCAUGAGAAACGAAUGCAACGACGUAUGAGACAACAAUCAACGGACGAUGGCCGGAGAAGAGCCGACAGCUGGGCUCCUUCGUCUCGGAGGGUUGACGGGUACGACUCGGAUAUCGAGUAUGAAUACUUUGACCCCCGAGAUUACGGAGGCAAACCCUACAGAGGCAACACUUUCCCUGCAGAACCAUAUGGGACGGACACAUACAGGAGGAAUCCCAAUGGGUUGCCGUCUCCCUAUUGA